CGUUUGCGCAAGCGCAGCAACACUAGUGACAACGUGGGAAAUGAAAAAAAAGUAUGUGAGGAAUUUAUCAUUAUGCGUCUUUACAACAUAAAUUGUUAUUUGUUAUGACAGCAGUUAAAUCACUGUCAGUAUUGGGCUAAUGAACAGUGAGAUAAGAAAUUUAACUGCCCGUAAAGCACAGACGAUUUUGACUUGUGAUACAGCAUUAGAAAGACGUGCAGUUAAUACUCUGCUGGAACUAGAAAACCUGAAUGUAAGAGAUAACUCUGAGACGUUAGACCAGUAUAAAAAGCCGAAAGACUCAUUUGGUGGCUGGAUUUCGGCCAACAGUUGCAGAACAGAGACGUUUUGCAGAAGAACAAACAGCAAAAGUGCACCUCCCCAGUUAAAUAGACGGGCACCUGACACUUUCAAAGGCAGUUUGGGUUUUAAAUUCAAACAUUACUCGGAUGCAAGCGCGUACAUAGAACAAUACAGACUAGUUCACACUUGUGGUAUCGGUUCGGGUUCUAAAAAGGUUGCCAGUGUCCAUCCCAACUUUGGUUUUGUCGGAAAUGCGGGCUUCUGCAGGUUCCAGCAAGGAAAUUCUAUGUCAGUUUUAUCGACUGCAACUUUCCCUAUUAAUUCAGUCAUCCAGGCAUCUAAUGAAGUUCAGAACGCUAUGUCUGAAGAAAGAAACAGGGUGAAAGCAAGUGAAAUCUCAUUUCCAGCAUGCUCCAGUAAUGACAGUUGCUGCAAGUUAUCUUUGCUAUCUUCAAGGGAUGUGGUUGGUCAUCUUGGUAUAUGUGAUCCACACAGAGAUGCUUGUAUUGACAGUUCAACAAAAUCAGAAGAGCCAGCUCAAUAUAAACAGGCACCUGUAUUUUUCCAAGAGUGGAUAGGAAAUACAGAAAAACAUGGAAGAACACCCCAAAGUAGCUUGAGAAGACUCUUAAGAUCUACAAAUCUGAGCAGAAAAAUACAGACUUCAUCUACAAAUAUGCAGAAAGCAUGGGUAAAUGGCAUAAAGAAACAUCCAUCACAGAGAAUUCAUUCUGCAUGCCAAGAGUCAGAAAUGAAAGAAGAAGCUACAUUGCACAGAGUUUGUUGGGCUCCUUCUACGAAGGGUGGUGGCUGGCGACCCAAGUUACCUAGGUCUCCCUCUGCUGGAAUACCUGCUUCAGUCAAAAAUGCAUCAACAGUAAAAAUAAAAGAAAACCAAUGGAAUAAGAAAGGGUAUACCAGACUUGAUGACCUUUUACAGGUAAAAGAACUGGUAAACAACAGCAGCUCUGAUGAAGAAAAAAAAUAAUUAAUAUGCAUAGCUUAUUGUAUCAUAUUUUUAAACAUAAUCAUAUUGAAGACAUUACAUCUGAAUGGCAAAGUGCUUUGUUAAUAUGAUUUGUACUUGUAAAAAGAAAGAGACUGUAGUUUACGUUUCCUAAUUUGUAUGUCUCAUCAAUAUCAAACAUUUUGCUGCAUAACCAUUUUCACAGCAUAUAUUUGUCUUCCAUGAUGAGCAUUCACAUUUCUUUAAAAUGCAGUCAAGCACAUAUUGAGUAAUGGUCAGACAUGAAGAAGUAAUAUUUUCAAGGAUAUGAGUUUGUAGCUGAAAUUUCUUUGAUAAUUAAAGAAAUUUACUUAACAUUCUAAGUAAUCACAAAGGAAAUCAGUGCCAUCAGAACUUUAAAAAUGUACAUAUUUAGAUAAAUAAAAUACUGUAGCAUACUUAUUUUACUGCA